CCUGACCACGUGGGUCCCGCGGCCGUGCCCGCCCUUCCCCCGUGAGGCGGAGCAGGAGCGGUGAGCGGCGCGUUCAGUCGUGCUGGGAGCGGUGCUUUAAAUCGCGCUGCGAUGGGCAUGGAGCGGCGCUGCGAGAGCGCCCGGCACGUGCGGCGUCGGCACGGAGUAGCUAAUUAAAUAAACAGCUCGUUACAUGCCGUUAGCGGGCUGCGUCUGUGCACGCGCUAAGUGCGGUGUUGGGUAGUGCUCUUGAUCUGCGUGUGAAGGAUUGCGCUUGGGGCUGGGCCUGCCAGAAAUCUCCCUGCGAGGUCCUGCAGUGGGGGUGGAGCGCGCAUUAUAUAGCACACUGGGUGGGCACAGCGUGUAUGGCGAUUGGGGUAUGGCUUCUACAGCCUAAAUGAUUCUGUUCGUUAGAAAGUGCAUUAAAUGGCACACCGAGCGUCUUGCAUCCUUGGCUGAGCCACCUUGCUGCACAGCGUGAUUCAGGAGCAAAACCCGAGCAAUACAGGACAGCCUUUGCCGUUCUGGAGGCCAGCCGUUGUGCGAGAUGCUGCCAAGUGCUGGUGUCUAUUACUUCCCAUGGGAGAUCAACAGCUCAGUCCCCGAGGGGACGACACUGAGGACAUUUGGCAGAUUAUGCUGCUACGACCUGGCCCGAUCUGAAGCCAUUCUCACCACUCAGCACAACUCGGCUCAGUACCAAGUCUGUGUUGACACCAAGUUUGUGGAGCCAUUCCAAGCCCAAGUGGGAUCUUUCUUCAUGGUCCUGGGAGAGGCUGAACACAGGAAAGAAACUUCCAGUCCUGUGGUGAAAGCACGGAUAUUGACCUGCGUGGAAGGGAUGAAUGUGCCCCUGCUGGAACAAGCCAUACAGGAGCAGAGGAAAUACUUCAACGAGAGGCAGGAGCAGAGGGGAAACAGCACAUCCUGACAGCAGCUCCGAGACCAGCCACACACUGGUCCUUGGACUACUAUUUGGAACAAAUAUGUUAAAAGUAAAUUAGGAAGUGGGUUUGCUGUGGCAAACAGCAAAGUCACUGAGCAAGGAAACACUUGAAGACUGUGAGUCAGUGUGUAACUGUGGGCUGUCCAUUCCUGCCUCAGGUGUCAUCACCGAAAACAGCUCUGGGAAGCAGGUUUGUUGUUUGUUUGAAAGGGUAGUUAAGGAAGGGGAACACUUGGCUUAUACUGGUCCUUCCGUAAUGCACGACCUGAAGAAGUCAGAAGUAGUCUCUGAAUCUGGAGCUAAGCAUCUCACCUUUGGCAGAUGGGGGGAGAGGGCAUUAGCACAAAGUUCAUUAGCCCUGCCUGGCUGCAGGCCCAUGAGUGCAUGUGCUGGGGUACCCUGACUCAGCUGCCACGCAGGAGCAUUCCUGGCAAAACACUCAUGUAUCUGGACUGACCAAAGAAACAAGAAGAACAAAGAGUCCCUAUUUUCAGUAGCACCUGCCUCUUCAGGUAGGAAGAACUGGUAUCCAAGGGGAGGAUUAAUUCUAACUCUAAAAUAAAUAUUUGCAGUACCCUGAGAACCACCACUUGACUUUCUUCCUUGACACAGCUAAGUUCAAGAGACCUUAAAUCACUAUUUUUGAAGUAUCUAAAAUUUUGAUUGAAAUUUUCCUUAAUAAAGAUGAAAAAAGAAGGCA